AUGAUGGACCGGCUGGCAGCCAGUGGUGUUUGCCAGGUGCAGAUGAAACUGACACUGCCUUUCUUCACCAGAAUCCCGGGUGAGCUGUUCCCCUCCAAGAGCAUCAUCAUCUCAGGCACUGUCCUACCCAGUGCUCAGAGGUUCUACAUCAACCUGCGCUCUGGGAAUGACAUCGCCUUCCACCUGAACCCCCAUUUCAAAGAGAAUGCCGUGGUCCGCAACACACAGGUCAACGGUUCUUGGGGGCCUGAGGAGCGAAGCCUGUCAGGAAAAAUGCCCUUCACCCAGGGCCAGAGCUUCUCGGUGUGUAUCACGUGUGAAAGCCACUGCCUCAGGGUGACCGUGGAUGGUAGGCACCUGUGUGAAUACUACCACCGCCUGAAGAACCUGCGUGCUAUCAACAACGUGGAAGUAGGGGGCGACAUCCAGCUGAGCCACGUGCAGACAUAGGCGGGAUCCCUGCCCAGAGAACGAGGGCUGGGGCAUGUUGCUGUCCG